AUGGGUUUUCUGCGAGGGUCUCGGUGCCGCCAACGCCGUCGCUGUCCACUCUGCUUCUCAGGAGUCAGGGCUGCCUAUCCAUCGAUGUUUGUGAUACCACCAACGGUCUCUCCACCAUCUCAUGUGGGACAGAACUACCACCGCGACUGCGAGGCCGCUAUCAACAGCCAUGUCCAGCUGCAGCUCUAUGCCUCCUACGUCUAUCUGUCCAUGGGCUUCUUCUUUGACCGUAAAGAUGUGGCUCUGGAGAACUUCGCGAGCUUCUUUCUGAACAAGUCACAUGAGUGUACUGCGCAUGCUGAGAUGUUCCUGGCACUACAAAAUCAGCGUGGUGGUCGCAUCUCUUUCUGCACUAUCAGCAAGCCAGAGCGUGAUGAUUGGCUUGGAGGCCUUGCAGCCAUGGAGAAUGCUUUUCAGCUGGAGUUGACCCUCAAUCAAAGCCUUGUGGCCCUGCACCGGCUAGCCACUAGCAAAAGCGAUGCCCAUCUUUGUGCCUUCCUGCAGAACCAUUUUUUGAGCAAGCAAGUUGAAGUCCUCAAGGAGAUGAGCAGCUACGUGACCAACCUGCACCAGAAAGAGUCUCCAGAAGAUGGCAUGGCUGAGUACCUAUUUGAGAAACUUACCCUGACUGACAUCAACAAAGAGAACUGA